AUGACGCCAAUUUAUUUCGCCAAACCCCAGGGAUUGUCGUUUGUCCUCGCCUGCGUGGGUUUUUUCGUCGCCCCUGUGCCCACAAGGACCCCCGGGCCACGCCCCCCCAAACCCCCCCUCUACACUUUAGCCCGCCUCCCCCGCCCCCCACACCUUUUCCCCCGCCCGAAACCCCCCUCCACGCCCCAAAACCCCCUUUCCCACCGCCCCCGAACCCGCCCUACCACGCCCCGAACCCGCCUACCACGCCCCCGAACCCGCCGUACCCACGCCCCUGAACCCGCCUACCACGCCCCAGAUCACUACGAGCCCGAAUACGCUGACGUGCCUCCCAAGUACAACUACAACUACGGCGUCGCCGACACCUACUCCGGCGCCAACUUCGCCGCCUCGGAGUCCCGCGACGGCUACAACACCGAGGGCACCUACACCGUCGACCUCCCCGACGGCCGCAAGCAGAUCGUCAACUACGUGGACAACGGCGACGGUUAUGUAGCUCAGGUCACCUACGAGGGCGAGGCUCAGUACCCCGAGUACAAGCCCACCUACAAGCCCGCUUUCCCCUACCCCAGCUGGGCCUUGUGCAUUCUAUAG